UAUGAUAUAGCUUGAAACUGUCCUGCCAUGGCUUUCUUGAAGCCUUAUUUGCCUACACUGGCUGAACCCAGCCGUAUUCCUGUGCAUGGCGUGCCAGCACCGAGGACAAAGUUGAGCCAUGCUCCUUGGAAGAGGGUCACACAUUUUGGUCACAAGGCACACUUUCUUGCUGCCAGCCUGAUGAUCUUGACCGCCAAACGAACAAAAAGAUGUGCUUCGCGCCAGGCCCAGGAGAGUGCUACACUGCCGCCGCUUCAGAGACUGCAGCGCUCCUUGAGGUUUUACUCGGCCAUCAUCCCUGUGUUGGGCCAGUACAUAUUUCGACCCUGGCUGAGGACCCUAGGUGUGGAGAAGAUGGGUGAAGACGAGCUGAUUGCGGAGAUGGACGACUGGGGCUCAAAGAGGUUGCAAGAGGCUUUACUGGACUUGGGUGGCUUCUACGUAAAGACGGGCCAGGUCCUCUCUACCCGGGUGGACUUAUUCUCAAAACCGUACACCAGCCGACUUCGGAUUUUGCAGGACAGCUUGCCUCCAGUAGAUGCUGAGUCCAUUCGGGAGAUAGUAUCUGAGGAGCUUUGCGGUGGAGGAGACUUGUCGGAGCUGAUACGGGAGCUGGAUGAUGAGCCGCUGGGCACUGCUUCCAUUGCACAGGUUCACAGAGGAGUGUUGAACGAUGGCCGGGAGGUGGCCAUCAAAGUCCUGAGACCGCACAUGGAGCCUGUGCUGCGAGGCGACGUUGCCAAUCUCAAGCUUUUUGCGCUGACUCUGAGGGGAAGGCUACCAGUGGAUUAUUAUCCGGUGUUUUGUGAGCUGGAGCGUGCAUUGGAUGGAGAACUAGAUUUUCUUAGUGAAGCUCAAAGCGCACUGAAGGUGGCGGCAUCUAUCCGCCACAAUGCAUUGGGGAAAGAGCUUGAGGCACCUUUGGUUGUGCCACUUCCAAUCCCUGGCAUGGCAACUCGCAAAGUUCUAGGCCUUCGCCCAAGUGCUUUCCAAGAUGCAGUGUCUAGACCAUUGCUGCGCUUUGACAUUGCCCGGUGCAAAGCAAACUCCUACCAUGAGGCUACAAUGUCCAACCAGAAGUGGGUGGAGCCCUUGCAGACAGAGGAGCUUGGCAUCGAUCUUGGCAGCAGUGCUGGCAAGGCGCUGGGCCGGCGAAUCCUGGAAGCCCUGACUACAGCUUAUGGAAGGAUGGUGUUUUCUUCUGGCUUUAUCCAUGGAGACCCACACCCAGGGAACAUUUUUGUGUUGGAGGGAGGCAAAGUGGCCCUCAUCGACUGUGGCCAGGUCGCGCAGCUGUUCCGGGAGCAACGGUUGCUUGUUGCAGAGGCUGUUUUAGCUGCAGCAGCUUAUGACGGGAGUCGCGGCAUGAUUGAGCUCCUGGCCAAAUGUGUGCGAAAAUUUGGAGUCACCUUUUUUGAGGGCCAAGCAGACGAAGAUGCUUGCGCAGCCAGCGUUGCCCUCUACCUGUUCGGAGAGAAGGACGUGGUCUUUCCUGGCGGAUACUCGAAGGAGGAGUUCUCUGACAAAAGCCCCUUGCGACAGUUGAAAUCCUUUCCGAUGGAGUUGGUGCUGCUAGGACGGGCAUCAGUCUUGGUGAAGGGAGUUGCAGCUCGUCUCGAUGUAGCGUGGAGUGUUGCAAAGAAGUGGGCACCCUUGGCGAAGGACGCCAUCGCAGCCCUAUGCAGUGAGGAUGAGUGUCGCUUGCCAGCUUGGGCCCUUUCAAGCGCAGCACAUCAAGGUGCAUCAGGUUCUCGAUUGCGUUUCCGAGAUGCUGCCAGAGGCUGUGCUGCCUUGGUGCGGCGUUGGGGGACCGAAAAGGCAGCUACCAUUUUGACAUCAAGCAGCAAGGAAAAGUCCAAAGAUUAGACGAUUGACCCUUCUUGCUUGAUGCUCUGGAUACAUAGCUCUGCGCCCCAAAGGGGCUGCUGUCUUAAUGGCCAAAUGCAUUGAAGACAUAGUUUGAGAUAAAAGAAUGGCACGGCGCCAGUGCGGUCACAACGUUGUUCAAGAAAAGAGCUUGAAACAGAGAAGCAG